GUGGGUAGUCGGGGUGUAGAUACCCUAGGUCCUACCUGCCGACGAUGGCGCUCAACACCCUACAUCGUUUCAGCGGAGGCUAAAGUUUGGAAACUUUGUCAGAUGGAGAGGAUCACCAAGUUAUUACAACACCAGAAGAGCUGUACCUACAAGUAACUCCAUAAAAAAGAGGAUGGACGAAAUAGCUAGUACAUCCUCGGCUGACGAUCAGGAGUCGAGGAUAAAGGAACUGCAUGCUGAAAUGAUCUUUAAUGUUGGCGAAUACAUCGACCCCAAGAUUGCAAAUAAUGAUUGGGAAAAAUUCCUUACGCUGUUAACAUCCACCCUAAAACCUGUAGAUUUGUAUAGAGAAAAAAACAGUUUCUAUGCAAUUUGUGAAGCACUGAAAAGAAAAGGAAAGAUAGAUUAUGGAUCCUAUACUGUACUGUAUAAAGCUGUCAGCAAAGUUUAUGUAACCGCCGCUGAGAUCAUUAAAGCAGCAUCUGAUGAGAUCCAGGCGGUCCGAUCAGCAGGACCAACAAAAGCCAAACAACGAAAGAAGGAAUACGAAGACCCGAUCAAAGAAACAACAAGACUAACAACCAUGGAUCAAACCUCAAAACCAGAGGUGAUCUCUACACAAGCCUUGGAAGACGCUAAAGAAAUGAUCAGAAAGAAUAGCAUUGUCCUCAUCAAGGGUGCCUCAGGGGAUGGGAAGACUUUGAUGGGUUACCAAUUGUUGAAGUGGCUAAUGGACGGCGAUAAUAAGGAUACUGGACUGUCAAAGGAUCCUGUCCAGCUUUACAACAUGACCAAAUGGGAUGAAAUUGUCAAGCCAAACACACAAUUAGCUGUAUAUAUUGAUGAUGUUAGUGGGGAAAUCGCUGAAGAUUUAAAGAAAAGGGAAGUCUCCAUUAAGGCGACAUUUUGUGGGAAACUCAAUAAUAGAUCAAACUGUUUGAUACUUAAUGUUCGAGAUGAAAUUUUCAAAAGCACACAAUUAUCUUCUUGUGAAUGCUUCAAACACAAUAUCAUUGAUUUGAGAGGUAAAAACUGCAUAAAAAUCGCAGAAAAAAAGCUUAUUUUAGAGAGUUAUGUCCCAGAGAUCAAAACCUUAACUGGUGGAAAGGAAUCUGAAAUCAUCAAGCUUGCCCCAGAUAUAGGAUUUCCGCAAUGUUGUCAUCUUUUUAAGUAUGUUUCCAGCUUACAGAACGAGGGGGUUGAUUUCUUCAAACAACCAUUUCAUUUCAUGGAAACAACUUUGGAGAAAUUACCAAAGGAGCACUUUUCUGCUCUAUUGUUUCUCUUCCUCAAUGAGGGGAGUGUCCAGAAAGGGGACUUAGAUCCUAAAAACACUGAAAGUUUUGACAAGAAAAAGCUUGAUGAAGCUUUCCAGGGAAUUAAGCUUGAUCAUGCAGACAAAAUCAGAUCUCUGCGGAAAAGUUUAGAUGUAAUGUGUGAAUCACUAGUUGCAAAAUAUCCCGAUGAUGAUGAUGAUGAUGAUGAUUCAAUUUACAAAUUUUGUCAUGAUUCUGUUCAGGACACUGUUGCCUUUUUGUAUGUCAAGGACACAAAAAUUGGGUUUAUAGAAAAUUGUCCCCGAAUGUUCCUCCACUAUAUAUCAACAUCAAAAUCCACAGCUAACAAAAUAGUUAUAUCAUCUAGUAGUGAACACGUGUAUAAACGUUUGGUCAGAGAGUGUAUGUAUGAACGUUUGGUCGGAGAGUUUGAGUCUAAUGCCCAUAGAUUAUCUGACUAUAUAGUUAGAUUAGAUGUAUGGACAGACACCCUGUUUCUACAGGGAUUUAUUAGAUGGCUAAGUGGUCAGAAUUAUGACAAUAACUUAUGCCACCUGAUAAAAUGUGCGUUGUUAAAUGGAGCAUGCUCUACUGGUUUCGAAGAUCAUGUCUCAUAUCUCCUUUCUGAGGGUGCCAUACCUAACAAUGAUACACCGUUUUGUGUAGUGGAGGGUGGGAGUGUACAACUACUGCGUCAACUACUGAAGUAUGACGUCAUUCCUACAGCGAGGGCAUGCUGGUCAGGAUCACCACAUUAUAUUGACAAUAUAAAUGUCCUACACCAGGCAUGUUUGUUAGAGAGAGAAGAGAUGGUGACAAUCUUGUGUGACACUUACCCAGACUUGGUACAUGAUACUGAUACCUGGGGACAUAGCAUGCUUCAUUUUGUGGCACAGACAGGAAACUGUCGUAUAUUUCAGACAGUGGAGAGAACGGUACUUAAAUCAUUGUGUAGAGUUGAGGAUGUACAACAUAAGUGUGAGACAGAAGAUGGUCGUGUGGUACAUAGGAGUUGUUUGUGUGGACAGUACAUGUCACAGUUAGUGGACAAGUUAUACGGGAAGACAAUAUUACAUCAUAGUUGUGAGAGUGGACACAGGGAGCUUAGUUUAUAUCUGUGCAAGUCCUACCCAGCACUAACUACAGCUGUAGAUAACAACGGGAAGACAAUAUUACAUUGGAGCUGUUGGAGUGGAAACAAGGAGCUUAGUUUACAGCUGUGUGAGUUGUAUCCAGCACUAAUCAAAGCUGUAACUAUCGAUCAGAAGACAGUAAUACAUUAUAGUUGUAUGUUUGGACACAAAGAGCUUAUUUUAGAGCUGUGUAAGUUGGACCAAGAACUAACUACAACUGUAGAUAACAAGGGGAAGACAGUAUUACUUAAUAGUUGUAGGUGGGGUCAAAAGGAGCUUAGCUUAGAGCUGUGUAAGUUGGACCCAGCACUAACCAAAGCUGUUAAUAAGGACGGGUAUCAUUGUCUACAUUAUAUAGCCAAGUGGACAACAGAUGUAGACAUGUUCACUGAGUGUGAACGUCACGUAAAACAGUACCUAGAGACAACAGGAGGUAAGUAUGACAUCACGACCAUACUUACUAAUGACGGUAAAUCUGUUUUAGACCUGGCAACGGAACAGACAGAGAUGGUGAGAAAGUUGAGGGAGAAAGGUAGGAUAAAGUGGGGGAGGAAGUUAUAUGUCAACCCUUUGCAUGACCAUCUUGUCAAAAUAAAGGAACUUAAUAUUCACACUUCUAUACACUAACUUGUGUAACUUGAUGACCAAUUAAAAAAAAACUGUUUUAGACAAAGGAACGAACAGAACAAGGACGGGUCGUUUCGCCCUAAAUCCCACGGACAUGCAGAUUCAGUUAUUGCAUGGAAAGUGUUGAUGGUAUCUCUUGUCAAUAAACGGGUCAUAAAUCCACCGAUUGCAAGAGUGGCAAUCGAACAUGGCUAAACUGUUAAGGCAUUUCAACUUGUUAUUAAGUUUGAUUGAAAUCUCUCGAGAAAACUGACAAUCAAAUUUGGAAGUCAUUAUGACUUUUAACCGGGUCACCAGAAAAAAAAAGUGAAGUGAAGUGUGAAAGAUGGACGAACCCAAUCAAAUACAACUCCUUGGCUUUGCUUAAAGCAAAGGAUAUAGGAAACUUUAAUACCUUGCAUGGGUAAUCUGUGUAUUCGGAUUUUAAAAUUGAUGCAUGGAGAAGUAUGUUAUGUGAUAUUUAUAACCAUGAUUACAAUUUUUCAAUACCAUAAUUACUUGAAUAACAAUAUUUCAGACUUUGUGUUGUGUCUGAAAUUUUACUUUAUGAAUACAUCAGUUUGAUGAAUAAUUUUAUGUAUGUAAUGACAGAUUGUUAGGAACAUGGAUUUAGUCCAAAAUUGCAUGAACAGGAAUACGAAAAAAGUAUUGAUAAAGAAUAAGUUAAAGCUAUUAAAGAUUUAAUUGCUAUAGUACACGUUACUUUGGUAUAUCCCCAACUAAUAAAACUGGGACUUAAGUACAGCUUUCAACUUCACGUCAAGAUCUAGUGUAACCGACAAAGUACAUGUUACUUUGCAUUGUUUAAUCAACAACUUAUACAACUGGCAUUAUAAUACAGAUUUAUCGUUACAUAAACAGCUGAUGUAACUAACGAAGUACAUGUUACUUUGUUUAAUCAACAACUUAUACAACUGGCAUUAUAAUACAGAUUUAUCGUUACAUAAACAGCUGAUGUAACCGACAAAGUACAUGUUCCUUUGUUUUUGUUUCAUCACCAGAAAGGCCAGAGUGGUUUUCGGAUUGAAUGUAAACAAAGUACGUGGGUAUAGACUUGCAAGGUUUAAUAAUUUAACAGGGCAUCCAAUAGGAUUAAAAUCUCAAAGAGUCAGUGACUCUCAGCUGUGAAAUCCUGAGAGUCAAAUAAAAACCUGAGAGUCAAAAUAUGAAAUGCACAAAAACUUCAGGUCAACGAUUACUUGUUUACUGAUAUCAAAUAUGAUAUACGUGUAUGUACUUUUCAAAAACUUAGUUCGAUUGAAUUUAUUUUCCAAUAUCUAAUUGAUAAUAACAAUUAGAAAAAUCAAUUGUAAUUUUAUUUAUCCUUUUUUAUUUAUACUGAAACAGUAUAAUGAUUAUAAUAAAUCAAAACUAAAGUGG